AUGUGGCGAAACGGCCGAGGAAGAGGCAAGGCGGCGAGCAGUAAUCGGAAUGGCGGUGGUGGCGGAGGACCCAGGUCUUCAGCACCUUUGCCGCUCCCGGAGCACAACGAGGCGUACAUCAUGCAGACGUAUGGAGGACGAACGGUGCUGAAGGAGCAAUGGGCAGAGAACCCCAAGGCGCCUUUAGCCAACUAUCUCGGAGGUGGAGGAGGCGGAGCGACCAAUCUGGGUCAAGGCGGAGGCGCGUAUCAAGUACAGGAGGGUGUAGUAGGAACGAAGAAGCUGUUCAGAGUAUCGGUUGUUGGCGAUGUCGACCGCAACAUCAUCGGUGUCGGAGAUCACACUUCCAGGAAGGAGGCCGAGAAGCUCGCCGCGCUGAGUGCGGUGCUGCAGCUCUCGGCCAUGGGGAUGCUCGACCAGCGUGGCGGCGGCAAGCCCAGCGCCCCUGCCGCCGCACCUGCAUUCGGCGGCGGCGACACGGCGGAACUCUCGGACGGCUCGAAAAUCACCUACGAUCGGGCACGCCAGUUCAUGGAGUACUAUUGCAAACGGUACAAAUUUGGCAAGCCCGAUAUCGACUUUUCUCAAAGUCAGGCGAAGAGCAAAAAGGGUCGGGCGGCGGUCAUGCAGUGGGAGGCGGUCAUGACGGUUGGCGGGCGGAAGAUCGGGAUGGGCCAAGCGGCCAACAAGAAGAACUCGCAAAUCAAGUGCUAUCUUGACGUCACAACCUACCUCGAGUCGUGCGACCCGGACCUCUGGCGCGACUUUGUCGAAUACUCCAAAAAGGACCAAUCGGCGGAUAUCGGCCUGGCGCCGCAUCUCAUCUUCCAAAUGUCGGAUGAGCUGGGCGAGGACGUGCAGGGGCUGAUUGGGGAUGUCCGUCAUUCCAAUCUGCUCAAGAACGCACCGACGAGCGGGGUGACAUCGGCGGAUCAGCCGAUGCCGGGAUGGAGCGGGCGGACGUACGUUGCCAGCGAGGAGGAGCUGGAGCGCAAGUCGGUCGCUUUGCAGGACAAGCUGGCGGAUUAUCAGAGCGACCCCCGCUUGACGGCCAUGCGCGCUCAGCGUACCUCCCUCCCCGUCACUUCCCGCGCCAACGACAUUCUCGCCAAGAUCGAGGUCAACGACGUGACCAUCGUCAUGGCGGCUACCGGGUCCGGCAAGACCACUCAAAUUCCUCAAGUCUUGUUCGACGACUACAUCAACCGGGGCCAGGGCGCCAAGUGCAACAUCAUCUGCACCCAGCCGAGGCGUCUCGCAGCCAUGUCGGUCGCGGAACGUAUCGCGGACGAGCGAGGGGACCGGCUUGGUGUCGAGAUCGGGUAUCAGGUCCGGUUCGACGUCAAGCUCCCCCAGCCCAACGGGUCCAUUACAUUCUGCACCACCGGUAUCUUCCUCAAACGGAUGCAGUCGUCCCUCGGCGUCACAGCGGACGCAUCGGCGGUCGCGGCGAUGGAUAUGAUCACACAUAUCGUCGUUGACGAGGUGCACGAGCGAGAUAUAGACACGGAUCUACUCCUUGUCGUGCUCAAGCGACUCCUCGCGGAUCGUAAAGCACGGGGCGUACCCCUCAAAGUGGUCCUCAUGUCGGCGACGGUUGACCCUAUCCUCUUCCAAAAGUACUUUGCCGAUUCCAGAGGUCGCCUCGCACCUCUCGCCGAGAUCCCCGGUCGGACCUUCCCGGUCGAGCGGCACUAUCUCGACGACAUCAUCCCGGACCUCCAAAAAGGCCUUCCCAGCCAGAUGGGCGGGUGGGUAUUCCAAGAAAAGAAUGUCGCCAAGUACCUCCAGGAAGAGCUCAGCCCCAACAGGGCUGCGUUCAACUCCAAUACCGGUAUCGCGCUCGAAAUCCCCUACCCCCUUGUCGCCCUCAUCAUCGCCUAUGCCAUGCAGCGGUCAGAGGACGGGCACUGCCUCGUCUUCUUGCCCGGAUGGGACGAGAUCAAAAAGGUGGCGGAUGUCCUUCUGGACGGGCGGUCUAGCCUUCUCGGUCUGCGCUUCAGCGACACCAAAAAGUUCUCGGUCCACUACCUUCACUCGUCCAUCCCCGCAGCGGAACAAAAAGAGGUCUUCCGCGACCCACCUCCCGGCGUCAGGCGGAUCAUCCUCGCUACGAAUAUCGCCGAGACCUCCAUCACCAUCCCCAACGUCGUCUACGUCGUGGAUGCCGGCCGGGUCAAGGAGAAGCGGUAUGAUCCCGAGCGCCACAUGUCGAGCUUGGUCUCGGCGUGGGUGGGGUCGUCCAACCUCAACCAGCGAGCGGGUCGGGCGGGACGGCACCGAGAGGGAGAAUAUUAUGGGUUGGUGUCCAAGAACAGACUGGCCAGUCUGGACCCGCACCAGCUGGUCGAGAUGAAGCGGUCGGACCUGAGCAAUGUCGUCAUGCACGUCAAGGCGUUGAAUCUGGGGGAGAUUGGGGAGGUGCUGGAAGCGACGAUCGAGCCGCCAGAGCGGAACCGGAUCGUCGCUGCGAUGGAGGUCUUGCGGAUGCUCGGGGCUUUGGACGCGAGUCAAAACCUCACAUCGCUCGGUCGGGUCUUGCUCCAGCUGCCGAUCGACGCGGCCAUGGGCAAGAUGUGCCUCUACGGCUCCUUUUUCCGAUGCCUCGACUCGGCGCUCACCCUCGCUGCGGUCCUCACCAAUCGCGAUCCCUUCCUCUCCCCCAUCGACAAGAAGGCGCAGGCGGACGAGAUCAAGGACUCGUGGUGUCCACGCCAAUUUCGCUCGGACCCGCUCGCCAUCGUCGCGGCUUACAAUGUCUGGGCGGCCCAUGACGACCGGGGCGACUACCACGCCGGAAGCCGAUUCUGCGUGGACAACUUUUUGUCCAAGCCGACGCUGCUGCAGAUCAAGCAGGUCAAGGGGAGUUUGCUCCAGUCGCUGGAUCAGGCGGGUGUCAUUGCGGUCUCGGCGGGCGGGAUGGGCAGGUUGGGGCGGAGAGGCAUUAUCCCGCCUCAGCUGAACGAGAACAACAACUCGCUUCCUAUGCUGGCGGCGUUGAUUGCUAUGGCCGCUGCGCCAAACUUUGCCCUGAGGACAUCAGAAAAGGCUUUGCGAACCGCACAAGAUAAGAUGGUAAUGAUCCACAACGCUUCCGUCAAUUCUCGCCGGCGCGAACAGAGCGGACCCGAGCAAUCCUCUGCCUCCUUCAACCCCGCCGAGAAACGUCUCUACGCCUUCCAAGAAAAAGGUCGGAACGUGGCUCCCGGUCAAAACCCCAACGCCGCCCCUACCCAACUCCGAACCGUCACCCGUCUCGACCCCAUGACGUACAUGCUUUUCGGCGCGUACGAGCUCGUCGUCACGCAGCGUGGCAUGGAGUGCGACCGCUGGCUGCCCGUCACCGGCAACCUGCACGCGCUGGACGAUGUGCAGCGGCUCAAAGACCUGCUCGAGGCGUGCAUGCUGCGCGUGUUUGAGGGAGUCGGGAAGAGUCUGACCAAGGGUCGGGAUGAGCGCUGGAACAAGCAAGAAAAGGCGGUGCACGUCCAGCAGGGGAGCAGUCGGAUCGACGAUACCGACGCCAACGACGAGGGGGAGAAUGAGAGCGAUGAUGAGGAUACGGUGGCGAAGGGGAAGAGGGUUGUCGAGCCGCUCAGCAUGGACGAGAUCAAGGAGCUCGAGAUGCUCACAUCGGACGUGGUGCGGAUCCUGGACGCGUACGCGGCGGAGAGGGAGGGGAAUGCGUCGACGAUGCCAAGUCGGGCGCCGACGCCGGGCCCGGGCGGUGGGUUUGGACAGGGAGGCGGUGGGUUUGCGCAGCAGCAGCAGGGGCAGUAUAGUGGUCAAGGGUUCGGUCUGGCGCAGAGGGGUGGGUUCGGAGGGGGCCAGGGGGCGUACAGGCCGCCUGGAGCGAUGGGAGGGGGAGGCGGAGGCGUGCGGGGGAGGUGGUAA